CGUGAUCGGUGAUGUCACGCGGAGAAUGUCGGUGUGGACUCACCUGCAGCAGGAAGCCACGCCCCAUACCUGGAAGAUUCAGGAAAUCGGCCUGUGCGUUGCAGCUCGCGCUCGUGGAUUUCGGGAAACGUCUGUCUUUUGCUCCAGUUUAAGUCUUCAGGUGAACGCGGAAGUGUGACUUUCAACCGGAAGCUGAAGAGAUGGAGGAGAUGGUGUGGGAGCAGUUCACUGUAACACUGCAGCGGGAUUCUAAAAUGGGAUUUGGAAUCGCUGUUUCGGGUGGAAAAGACAAUCCAAAUGAAGAAACAAGAGAGGUGUCCAUCAUCAUCUCUGAUGUGCUGGCAGGAGGGCCUGCAGACGGCCUGCUGUUUCAGAAUGAUCGAGUGAUCCAGGUCAAUUCCUCAUCCAUGGAGAACGUUGUGCACUCGUUUGCUGUGCAGACCCUACGCAAGUGCGGCAAAGUCGCCAGGAUAACAGUGAAAAGGCCACGUAAAGUGAGUGUGGUGAAACAGGCUCCGCCCUUGGAAGACCGUGUGUUCUCUCAUCCGGACUACAGCGAUGAUUAUGACUACGAGCCGGACAGACGCAGCAUCUACAGCGGACGCACCGACUCGGAGUACGAGUACGAGCGCAGCCGCGGACGAACCUUGGAGCGAGACAUCAGUCCUGAGCGUCAGUAUCGGCGCGACGGCAGCAGAGGGCGAGUGCUAGAGCCUGACCACAGCCCUGACCGGCGUCUCCAUAGCAACCGUACCCUCGACCGAAAAUACAGCCCGGAUCGGCAGUACCGUAGCGACCGUGCUCUGGACAGAGACUACAGCCCGGACCGGCGUUACCGUAGCGACCACACCUUAGAUCGAGACUAUAGUCCGGACCGGCGGUACCACAGCGAGCACACUCUGGAUCGAGACUACAGCCCUGAUCGCCGAUAUCGCAGUGAACAAGUUCUGGAUCGCUCACGCAGUCCAGAACCGCGCUACAGAGUGAAGGAAAGAGAACAGCGGAUUCCAGAACCGCGCACAGCUGAGGCUCUCAAGAGAAACACCAGCCGUGAACAAUUGGAACGUUCACCUCCACAGAGUCCUCAAGAACCUCUGGAGAAACCAGUCCGGGUAACACUUAAGAAGAAAAGACCUACUGAAGAGUAUGGACUGCGUUUGGGAAGUCAGCUGUUCAUUAAAGAGAUGACUAACACAGGACUGGCCUCCAGAGACGGAAACCUGCAGGAGGGAGACAUCAUCCUGAAGAUUAAUGGGACAGCCACGGAGAAUCUGUCUCUGAGUGAUGCAGGGAAACUGAUCGAGAAAUCACGAGGGAAACUGCAGCUGGUGGUCCAGAGAGAUCGCAGGAAAGUUCUGGUUCGGGUUCCGCCCAUGGCUGAUAGCGACUCGGAGCCGGGCGAUCUGUCUGAGAUCGAGUCAUAUCGUUCAUACUCGCCUCAGGAGGACAGACGAGGACAGCACUCAGACAUCUCCUCACACUCCUCCAACGAGAGGCUGCGUGAAAAAAACAGAGAAGAGCCUCAGAGCAGAUUGUCUAAGAUGGGCGCGAUGCCGACACCGUUCCAAGCGUCUCCAGAUGACUUUCCACCUCCACCACCAGAAGAGGAGGAAGAGUCUGAGCUCGAGGAACCUCCAGCUCCUGUGGCCAUUCCUGUACCUAAAAUCAGCAUUCCACCAAAAACCAAAGCUCCUCCAAAGGUUCCUCUGAAACCGAGUGCAGAAGAUCUGGAGAUGUAUGGGCCGAACACAGUGAUGAUGAGGUUUCAGAAGGGGGAGAGUGUGGGUCUCAGGCUGGCAGGAGGAAACGAUGUGGGGAUUUUUAUAGCGAGUGUUCAGGAGGACAGUGCGGCUGAGGUGGAGGGUCUGCGUCCUGGAGAUCAGAUCAUGAAGGUCAAUGAUGUGGAUUUCCGUGACAUGGUGCGUGAGGAUGCAGUGCUCUACCUGCUCAACAUUCCUAAAGGAGAAGACAUCACCAUCCUGGCACAGAGCAAACCAGAUGUUUAUAAGGACAUUGUGGCGUCCGGUCGAGGAGAUAACUUUUACAUCAGGACUCAUUUUGAACAUGAAAAAGAUUCUCCUCAGAGCCUGUCCUUCAGCAGAGGAGACAUCUUUAAAGUAGUGGACACGCUGUAUGACGGAAAACUGGGCAGCUGGUUGGCGAUCCGCACCGACCAGGACAACCAGCUGCAGGAGAGAGGAGUCAUCCCAAGCAAAAGCAGAGCUGAACAGAUGGUUAAUGUUCAGAACACUCAGAAAGGAGCAAACAAUGACAGAGGAGAUUUCUGGAGGCUUAGGGGUCAAAGGGCAGCAAAGAAAAAAGACCUGCGUAAGAGCAGAGAGGAUCUCACAGUUACCCCCGUCAUCACCCGCUUCCCUGCCUACGAGAGGGUGGUUCUGAGAGAGGCUGGGUUCCGGAGGCCCGUGGUUCUGUUCGGCCCGAUCGCUGAUGUGGCGAGUGAGAAACUGGACAACGACCUGCCUGAAGAUUUCAUUAUAGCAAAGAAAGAACCUAAAGAUGCAGGGGCAGAGAAGACAUCAGGUGUGGUGAGACUGAACACAGUGCAGCAGAUCAUUGAGCAGGAUAAACAUGCUCUGCUGGAUGUUACCCCAAAAGCAGUGGACACUCUGAACUACACCCAGUGGUACCCCAUUGUGGUGUUCCUGAACCCGGAUAGUAAACAGGGGGUGAAGACGAUGAGGAAUCGACUGGUCCCAGGUUCUAAUCGCAGUUCACGCAAACUGUAUGAGCAGGCGGUAAAACUGAGGAAGACCUGCUCUCACCUUUUCACCGCGACGGUGGAUCUGAACUCUGCUCAUGAUGCCUGGUACGGCAGUCUGAAGGACACGAUUCAGGAGCAGCAGAACAAGGCGGUGUGGGUCUGUGAGAAUAAACUGGACAGUCCUGAGGAGGACCUGGAACUCCACGAUGACCGCAUGUCCUACCUGUCAGCUAUGAGUGCAGAUUACCUGAGCAUGGACAGCCGUCUUACAGGGGACUACGAUGACACAGCAGAUGAGGGCGGAGCUUAUACAGAUAAUGAGCUGGAUGAGGUGACUGAUGAGCCGCAUGUCUCCGGGACGAGACGAUCCUCAGAGCCUGUAGACGAGAGACCAGCCCCUGUGCCACGCAUGAAACGAACUGGAAGCAGAGAGGUGCUGCGAGACCCCAGUCCCCCCCCCUCCUUUGUCCCAGAGCCACCCAAGCCUCGUUCUCAGAGACCCCACAGUGAGUCCAGCAGCACAGUCAGCAGUGAUGUCAGCACCAAGCCACCUCCCCCACCUGUCGCCCUCAAACCCAGUUUCCUCUCUCGAGUCGCUCAGCCUCAGGAACAUGCUGAAGACCCAGCAAGCCGCUCAUUCCAGGGGAAAGUAAAGGCCUUCCAGCAGAUGGACCACUUGGCCAGGGCACAGAGGAUGCUGGAACUGCAGGAGGCUGAACAUGCCCGGUUGGAGAUUUCUCAGAGACACCCGGACAUUUAUGCCGUCCCUGUUAAACCCAAACCACAACCUGCCAGUUCUCACCCUCGUACAGGAUCUGUUGAGGAGUCCGAUGCGUCUCGUCGUGGAUAUUUCAAUCCUCAGAAAUACAACGACACUGAGCUGUAAAGCCACGCCCACAUCUCCUACUCCGCCUACAUCUACAACCCCACCCCACUCCACUUACAUCUACAACCCCCCACCC